GCACACGGAGCUGAGGAGUUCUCCUCACACAGUGGAUUAUAACAUUACAUCAGCAAUCAAUUUGGGAUACCCUUUUGGCAUCUGAAACAGAGAUCAUGUCUACAUCAAGUGAACUUAGCAGGAUCCUCAACACUGCCAAUGUAACAAUGUACUCAACUGAACCACAACCAAAUCUUCAACCCCUGCACAUAUCCAUGGUGAACAGGGCCCCGCAGCUCUUGGACAUCUCAUUUUAUGGCACUACAGCUGGUCCCUGGAACCAUGUGAACCCUCAGUACUGGACAAAAAAACAAGUCCUGGAAUGGAUUGAGUACCAUGUUGAAGAGAGCAAGUUUGACGCCAGCUUGCUGAACAUGGCUUACUGCUCCAUGGAUGGGUCCACCCUGUGCCACAUGAACCGUGAAGACUUCACCAUGGCUUUUGGGACCCUUGGAGAACGCCUCCACCAAAACCUAGAGAUGCUCAAAGCCAAACACGGUCACCAUCAGGUAGAUGAUCUCACGGACCCACGUGACCUCACUGAGACUUAUGACCUACUGAAUGACUUCUUGCUUGGGCUGCCUCAGUCGCCUCUCCUGCAUGACGGACAGUUUGGUGGACUUCUGGACACAGUUGUUGUGCAGCCCUCCCCUCCUCAAGAGAGGAGAGACAGUGAUUCCUACAACUUCUUAACUGCAUAUAAGACAGAAAUUGACAACGGCUACGAAUCCCUUCCCGAAAGCCUUCAGAGCUCCACAGGUAGUUUCCUGAAUCCAAGCUCACCAGAAUCCAAUGGAAGUGACUCAGACCCAGAAUUUCUUGACAUGCGCUAUCCUGUCAAAACAAAGAGCUUUGAGAAGCAAGAGAGAGGAGAACAGAAGAAGAGGGGCAGAGGAAGGCCACCCAAACUCAGCCGCGGUUCAGACCAGUUCACCGACAGCAAAAAGAGCAAACAUACACCCAGAGGAACACACCUUUGGGAGUUCAUCCGUGACAUCCUGAUCCACCCUGAGCAGAACCAGGGCCUGAUGAAAUGGGAGGACCGCAGAGACGGAGUCUUCAAGUUCCUCAAGUCUGAGGCAGUCGCUCAACUCUGGGGCCAGAAGAAAAAGAACAGCAGCAUGACCUAUGAGAAGCUCAGUCGUGCUAUGAGGUACUAUUACAAAAGGGACAUUUUGGAGAGGGUUGAUGGCCGACGGCUAGUGUACAAAUUUGGGAAGAACUCAAGUGGAUGGAAGCUGGAGGAACUGGGGAUGUGAGGUGUGACAUUUGAAAAGGGGAUUGGGUGGAGAGUGUUUCUCACACUUGAAGGAUAGGGGACUCUGACCCCAUCAAUGAAGGACAAAAGGCUGAGAUCUGUCCACCUGAAGAUCCUUGCACUAAGAAACAAACUUCCCACACGUGGGGAAUAUAUUACAGAAACUGUAAGCCAAUGUUCUUGGCUAAAGUAGGUUUUAUGAACCAGUAAUAAUGUUGUUUUGCAAUUCAAGUCACACCAUUCUGUUCCUAUCGGCAUGCAGGCAUGCCUACUUAAGACUUUGUUAAACUUUUUUUUUUUUUUAAACUGAGCAA